AUGGACUCUGUAACACUCUUCUUCACCGGCGCUCUCCUCGCCGUCGGUAUCUACUGGUUCCUCUGCGUCCUCGGCCCAGCCGAACGUAAAGGCAAAAGAGCCAUCGAUCUAUCCGGCGGCUCAAUCUCAGCCGAGAAAGUCCAAGACAACUACAAACAGUACUGGUCUUUCUUCCGCCGUCCCAAAGAAAUCGAAACCGCCGACAAAGUCCCCGACUUCGUCGACACCUUCUACAACCUCGUCACCGACAUCUACGAAUGGGGUUGGGGACAAUCCUUCCACUUCUCUCCUCACAUCCCCGGAAAAUCCCACAAAGACGCCACGCGCCUCCACGAAGAGAUGGCCGUAGAUCUGAUCCAAGUCAAACCGGGUCAAAAGAUCCUCGACGUCGGAUGCGGAGUCGGUGGUCCGAUGAGAGCGAUUGCAUCUCACUCGCGAGCUAACGUUGUCGGGAUCACAAUCAAUGAGUACCAGGUGAACAGAGCGCGUCUCCACAAUAAGAAAGCUGGGCUCGACGCGCUUUGUGAGGUGGUUUGUGGUAACUUCUUACAGAUGCCGUUCGAUGACAACACUUUCGACGGCGCGUACUCGAUCGAAGCCACGUGUCACGCGCCGAAGCUAGAGGAAGUAUACGCCGAGAUCUACAGGGUGUUGAAACCCGGAUCCAUGUAUGUAUCGUAUGAGUGGGUCACGACGGAGAAAUUCAAAGCGGAGGAUGAUGAACACGUGGAGGUCAUACAAGGGAUCGAGAGAGGAGAUGCACUUCCUGGUCUUAGGGCUUACGUGGACAUAGCAGAGACGGCGAAGAGAGUUGGGUUCGAGAUUGUGAAAGAGAAGGAUCUGGCUGCACCACCGGCUCAUCCGUGGUGGAACAGGCUUAAGAUGGGUAGGUUAGCUUAUUGGAGGAAUCAUGUAGUGGUUCAGAUUUUGUCUGCGGUUGGUGUUGCGCCUAAAGGAACAGUUGAUGUUCAUGAUAUGUUGUUUAAGACUGCUGAUUAUUUGACCAGAGGAGGUGAAACCGGAAUAUUCUCUCCGAUGCAUAUGAUUCUCUGCAGAAAACCGGUUACUUCGACGCCGAAGGAGAGUUCUUGA